AUGGCACUUGAAAAAAUAACAAUAAGACUAGAAGACAUCAACGGGAUCACCAAUGCUCAAGAAAUCUAUAGAGACUGAAAAUACUCAAAUCUAGCAAAGAAAAUAGCUGAUAUUUAUGGGGUACCGAAUGCUCAGCAAUCUAUUGUGUUCCAAACAAGAGUAUUGAGAUUUGAUCAGCAUAAAGAUAUAACAUUAAGGGACUUGGGAUUAGUAAAUAAUUCAGUAAUAAAAGUUAUGCAUCGGCAGUUAGGAGGCAAAAAUGAAGGCUUGAAUAUUUAUCAGAAUUAA